UGGAGGCCAGCUGGGUGCCCCCGCCUCGCCAUCCCCGGCCCGGAACGUUUUGAGGCCGGAACCUUCUAGCCGCCUGGCGGGGGUAGGAGGGAAAAGGAAAAAGGAGACGCGCCACCGCCCCGCCGAGGUGGUUGCCGAGCGAGGCCGUUGCGCAGGUUUUAUUCGUCUCCGCCAGCGCUUUGCUGGCCAAGACUAUGUACCGGCAGAGCUCCCGUCCCCCGACGCCUCCGUACGCGAGUGCCGGCUUCCGGAGCCCUCCGUCCGGCGGAGGCCCCAUGCCGUCCUCCCCGCGGGGCUACGGGAACCCCCACCACACGCCGCCCUAUGGCCACCGGCCUGGGCCUUACGGCAGCGGCCACUCGCCUCAUGGCCACAAUUUUCACGGCGGCGGCGGGCGAUUCGGGAGCCCCUUGCCUGGGGGGCAGACCCCGCGCAGGCCGCAGAGCGUCAGCCCACGAUACCCGACUCCCUACGGCGGCAAAUCCCCGUCUGGAGCUCCCCUGCACCCGCAGCAGCACAAGCGCUCGCCCGGGGGUUUCCAGAGGCACUACCAGGGAUCACCCAGGACAUCUACUCCAUUUGGUACACCGCAUGGCAGAGAGAAAAGAGUGUCUAAUGAUGUGGAAAACUAUUACAGACCUUCAAUGCUUGAGGACCCAUGGGCUGGCCUAGAGCCAGUUUCUGUUACAGACAUAAACCAACAAUACAGCAGUGAGCAAACAACAUACACUGGUAAAAAAGGGAGGUAUUUCAGCUAACAUUUCUAAAAGGCCAAAUAACUCCAUCUUGUCAGGAAAACUUGGACAAAAUCUUUAUGUUUACACAAGAUGAACAAUAAGCAAGACCUUAGAUAAUGCUUUUAUUUGAUCACUUAUCCACCCUUUUAUCCUACUUCUUUUUUUCUGCAUUGGAUAUUUUUAUGUAUGAGAGGGAAAAGGAGUGGUAGGAAAACUUAUAUUUCUGGCUACAUGGAAGUGCCUACCAGCUUUGAAAAACAAAAUGUUCUUUAGUCACCAGCGACUGAUUUGUAACUGUUAAAACAGGUUUCCAUAUAUUUACCUCUUCCGUGCCAGAUUGUCAGCCUUUUAUUGUAAACUCUGCUAGGAAAUGGUAUUUUUUUAAUGUUUCAACAUUUUUAGAACAAAAAAACCCUUGGAAAUAAAAUAGAGGUUUUGUAAUCCUUGUUUUGUAAUGUAUAAAGAUUACUUUAGAACGUUUGUUAAGGUGUCCACGUGAACACAGACAGUACUAGUGCAAUGAGGUGACUCUUGUCAAUGUGCUUGCAUGCUGAUUUUUGUGCAUAGAAUUCUUUGUUGAAGCAUGAUUUUUAGCCAUCUCAGGUAACAAAUGUAUUGUCUUUGGUAAGUUUAGUUUGUUGAAUUAGCUCAUGAGUCAUAAACAUAAUAUCAUAAUAAUUUGCUUUUGUAGUUGAAAAAAACAAACAACAAAACAACACAAAAAAACCCUUGCUUGGAACAAAAUUAGACAUUUCUGGAUUACAGUAAGAAGGCCAUUGAGUGGCAUUUAAAGUCUAAGGAGCACACAAAACAUCAAGAUGAAAUAAACGUAAAUGUACUUUCUGCAUCCAGCUGUUAGGCCAGCAUAGAAUAAGUGACAGUUCAUUACACAGUUGACAUUAGUACAUGCAAAGCAUCUUGGGAUUUUUACUUGCACAGGAUUUUUCAAUGUUUUUAAAGUUAUUUUUUAUUUUUAUCUGUGGCAGGCAGCUUUGCCUAGGGAAGUCUUGUUUUGUGUGCAGGCAUGAUGUAUUUUCAUAAUGAAGUGGGAAACAAAGGGUUUUUGGAGCCUGUUUGAUUGUGGAAAAUCCAUUCAGUGCAUCCAUUAUAAUCUAGAAUAAGUAAGAAAUAGUUCCACCUGCAGGCAUGGGCUUAACAUGCCAUGGUAAGCCUGCAGUAGAAAUUCAAUUUUUUGUUGAACCUGCCACUGUUUAUCUUAGCUUUUAAGCAGUAUGUAGAGAGUGAAAUCUUAGUUUAAA